AUGACCCCCGCUCCACCGCACCGCAAACCACAAUACCACCCCUCACCACGACCACGAAGCCCUCACCAAGCCCCGGCCCAAACCGCAAAAAUGGUCGACAUCGUCCCCCUCAGCAGCUACCCCUCCUACAUUGACCUCCUCCCCUCAAUCCAAACCUGCAACAUCACCAACCUGCCCGAAAACUACUUCCUAAAAUACUACCUGUACCACGCCCUCACCUGGCCGCAACUCAGCUUCGUUGCUGUCGUGCGCCCGCGCAAUGGCUACAAGCAAGGCUCCGGCAGCGGUGUUGCCGGCGUCGGCGCUGCAGGUGAUGUCUCCGGGCAGUACCCCAAGGUAGUGGGGUACGUGCUUGCGAAGAUGGAGGAGGAGCCCGCGGACGGAAAGCAACAUGGACACAUUACCAGUUUAAGUGUGAUGCGGACACAUCGGAGGCUGGGAAUUGCGGAGCGGUUGAUGCGGAUGAGUCGUAUGUUCUUGAAAUUGACCUCUUGUGUUUGA